UCACUUCCGGUGCGCCGCCGCCCGGUGCCGGAAGUGAGCGGCGCGGAGCAUGGAGGCUCUGUGGGCGCUGCUGGACGAGGUGGCCCUGGAGGGUCUGGAUGGCAUCACCCUGGGAGCGCUGUGGCAGCGCCUGGCCGCCCGCACGCCGCCCUUCCCGCUGCCGCUGGAGCCCGCCACGAGGCAGCUGCUGUGGGCCGCGCUUAGCGCCCAGCCCGACGUCCGCUUCUACCUGCUGCCGCGGGCGCGGCCGCCGCUCCGCCUGCACGACCGGUAUGAGGAGAUAGACCUCGAGACGGGGAUACUGGAAACCAAGAGGGAUCCCCUGCCGUUGGAUGACAUCUAUCCUGUCCACAUGAUUUUGGAUGAUAAAGAUGGCCUGCAGGGUUCCUGCCAGUACUUCAAAGAGAGAGUGGACAUCACCGAUCAGAUAAGAAGGAAGGACUUGCAGCCUUGCUGUACCUACACAGAAGCUGUUGAAAAAUGGGGAGAGAAGCUGGUCAUCGUGGCUUCCCAGGACCAACGCUACAGAGCCUUGAUAGGCUGGGAGGGGGAUCCCGACUUAAAGCUCCCUGAUUUCUCCUACUGCAUCUUGGAGCGCCUGGGGCGUGCCAGGUGGCAAGGAGAGCUUCAGAGAGAUCUUCACAGUGGGGCUUUCAAAGUGGAUGCUGGAAAAAUUCAUUAUCACCGAAGAGUAUUGGACAGAAAUGGUCUCAUAACAAUGCAGUCUCAUGUGAUAAGACUACCAAGUGGGGCACAGCAACACUCGAUUCUUCUGCUCCUGACUCGCUUUCAUGUUGAUAGGAGGAGUAAAUAUGAUAUUCUGAUGGAGAAGCUCUCCAGUAUGCUAAGUGCUCGUUCAAACCAGAUGGAAACAUUAGGAAACUUGAGGGAAGAAUUGGGUCUCUGUGAGAGAACUUUCAAACGUCUCUAUCAAUAUAUGAUGAAUGCUGGCCUAGCCAAGGUGAUAUCCAUCCCACUGCAAGAGAUACACCCCAACGGAGGGCCCUACAAGACAAAGAAAGGUACUGAUGUCAUGGUGCGUUGCCUUAAAUUACUAAAAGAAUUUCGGAAGAAAAUGGAAGAUUAUCACGAUGAUGAUGAAGAAGAGAUCACAAAAGUUGUUCAGCCUGUGGAUAUUGUUUGCGAAAGGGAUAUGCUCACCCAGGCUUAUGAGCUAAUUGAAAGUAGAGGAACCAAAGGUAUUUCUCAGGCAGAACUUCGGUUGGCUAUGAACGUGGGGAAGCUGGAAUCAAGGAUGCUCUGUCGUCUUCUGGAGAGGUACAAAGUUGUCAAAGGUUUUAUGGAGGAUGAAGGUCGGCAAAGGACAACAAAGUAUAUUUCAUACAUUUUUGCAGAGGAGAGCGAUUUAAAUCGUCAGUUUGAGAGAGAGAAGGCUCGGAGUGAGCAGUUAGCUACAGUUACUUUGGCUCUAGUGCCGGAAGAUUCCCCACCGCUGGAAGAUGCUUUCCCUGGAGAGGAGGACACUUUGGUCUCCGAGUCUGACAACGAAGAAGAAGUGAAAUAUGGCAAGAAGAGAGGAAAAGGCCAGAAGGCCAGUUCAGGUCCUCUGUUGAAAUUAACUUCCCAGGAUGCUGCUCAUCAGCCAACACCAGCUAAAGGCUCGAAGCCAACAGCUGUGAAGUCCCUGGGGAAGAAGCCGCCUUCCCCUCCAGUUCUUGAAGAACCUGAUGAACUCCCAGACAGCUUUUCAGGAAAGAGUUCUACUUUGGAGACUGUAAAGCAGGAGUCUGGCCUUUCCACCUGCCCUCCUCUCACUGAUGAAGAUGGAGAUGUGGCUGUGAUUGAGGAGGUCAGACUUGAAGAUCCUAAGAAGAUGUGUGACCAAAAGAAGGAAAAGCGUUCCAGAGCUGCAGCAGUUGAGCGAUCUCGUGAAACGUACAGACUGCUGAAGCGCCGAAACCUCAUCGUGGAAGCUGUCCGAAACCUCCGGCUGAUUGAAAGCUUGUUCACGCUUCAGAAAAUGGUCAUGGAUCAAGAGAAGCAAGAAGGAGUCUCCACUAAGUGCUGCAAAAAAUCUAUCAUCCGACUGGUACAGAAGCUUUCACAAGAAGGACUCCUCCGAAUCUAUCGUACUACAGUCAUUCAGGAUGGCAUUAGUAAAAAGGUAGAGUUUGUCGUUCAUCCUUCAGUGAGUCCUAGUGAUCCGCUUGUAAGAAGUGCCAUUGAGCAGGUGCGUUUCCGGAUCUCCAAUUCAAGCACAGCAAGCAGGGUUAAAGUUCCCCAGACACCAUCAUCCCAGGACCAUGGUGAGGAAGAAAACCUGGGGCAAGAGGCAUUUCCUGAGUCAGGAGAUAGACAAGAAAGCUCAUGUAAAGAUGAAAAUAAUAGUCGGGCAGAGAAAACUGAUGAAAAAAUGGGCAUAACACAACUGAAAAACUAUCACCCUGUUACAGUUCCAGGACUCGGACGUUCUCUUGGCUUUCUUCCCAAAAUGCCCCGUUUAAGAAUAGUCCACAUGUUCCUCUGGUACUUAAUUUAUGGACACCCUUUAAAUGGAACAGACCGAAAAAGAAGUGGUGAUGGUAAGAAAAAAGGCAGCAAACAAAGGCAGAGUGUGAAUGAAGGCCAGACAGAUGGAACUGUACAAAUCAUGAAAACUGUGACAAAUCCUGAAACUGCUGCCCAGGACUCAGAAGUAGAAUUGUCCAAUCAAACAGUGUAUGUGGAUGACACAUCUUGGAUGCGCUAUGUCCCUCCUCUGCCAGUUCACAGAGAGUUUGGAUUUGGAUGGGCUCUUGUUAGUGACAUUCUUCUCUGCUUGCCUCUCUCACUCUUUGUUCAGAUAGUGCAAGUGAGCUAUAAGGUGGAUGGUCUGGAAGAUUUUUUAAACGAUCCAGUAAAAAAGCACACACUGAUCAGAUUUCUCCCAAGGUCAGUCCGACAGCAGCUUCUCUACAAAAGGAGAUACAUCUUUUCGGUGGUAGAAAACCUUCAGAGGUUGUGUUAUAUGGGACUGAUACAGUUUGGCCCAACAGAGAAGUUUCAAGAGAAAGACCAGGUGUUUGUGUACAUGAAGAGGAACGCUGUGAUUGUUGACACCACCAUCUGUGAUCCCCACUAUAACUUGGCUCAAAGCAGCCGCCCCUUUGAGAGGCGCCUGUACGUCCUGAACACCAUGCAGGACGUGGAGAACUUCUGGUUUGAUCUGCAGUGUGUCUGCCUUAAUACACCACUGGGAGUUGUCCGCUGCCCUCGUUCAAAGAGAAGUAAUCCUCAAGAGGAGGAGGCUGCGCUGGCAAUGGAGCAGCAGUCAGCAGUGGAUAAGCACAAUCUGGAACGCAAGUGUGCCAUGCUGGAAUACACCACAGGCAGCCGAGAAGUGGUUGAUGACGGAACUAUCCCAGGGGAUGGGCUAGGAGCUGCAGGUCUGGAUUCCAGCUUUUAUGGGCAUUUAAAACGCAACUGGAUCUGGACAAGCUACAUCAUCAAUAAGACUAGGAAGGAAAAUACAGUUUCUGAGAAUAGACUGACCAUGAGACUCCAAACCUUCCUGACAAAGCACCCUCUUCCACUCAGUACUGGAGGUAACAAAAUUAACAUUCUGGGAGAAGCAAAGGUAGGACCUGAAUCUGUUGUCCAGAAAAAGGAACGUAUUGAAAUAAGUCAAGAAGCUACCCAGGAUCGAAACAAACGAGUGAGAGGUGGGAAGAACCAAAAGAGGAAGAGGCUUAGGAAAGACACUGGAAAGACAAUAAAGAAGAAGAAGAAAGAAGAAAAAUCUGUAGAAAAAAGCAAAAGGCUGCGCUACCAUGAUGAAGCUGACCAGAGUGCCCUGCAGAGAAUGACACGUCUGCGUGUCACCUGGACGGUGCAAGAAGACGUCCUGCUCAUGCUGUGCCGGAUUGCCAGUCACGUGCUGAAUGCAAAGGUAAAAGGGCCCUUUGUUCCAUGGCAAGUAGUUCGGGACAUCAUGCAUGCCAGUUUUGAGGAGUCCCUCGAUAAAACUUCCCAUUCUGUUGGACGAAGAGCUCGUUACAUUGUCAGAAAUCCCCAGACCUAUCUUAACUACAAAGUUUGCCUUGCUGAGGUUUACCAAGAUAAAGCCCUCAUUGAUGAAUUCAUGAAUAGAGAAAAUAACUACGAAGAACCACAGGUUUGUGCAGCAGAGUUUAAGCAGUUUGUGGAAAGGCUGAAAGCAAAAUUCAGUUCAACUCUGGGGAACCCCAAACUGGAAAUCCCUGAUACGUUACAGGAACUCUUUGCCAGAUUUCGAGUUAUGGCAAUUGGAGAAGACACAAACCAAACCACCAAAGAGGACAGUCUCAGUAGUGUCUACGAUAUUCAUUUCCUAGUGCUACAGAAUCUUAUACAGAGCACUUUGGCACUCUCAGAUAACCAGAUGAAAUCUUGCCAGUCGUUUCAGACAUUUCGUUUGUACCGCGAGUACCGGGAUGACAUUCUUGUGAAGGCUUUCCUGGAGUGCCAGAAGAGAAGCUUGGUCAACCGUCGUCGUGUGAACCAUACUCUGGGCCCAAAGAAAAGCCGGGCUCUGCCUUUUGUAGCCAUGUCCUAUCAGCUGUCCCAAAGUUACUACAGAGUUUUCACCUGGCGGUUUCCCAGCACGAUUUGCACAGAGUCCUUCCAGUUCCUCGAGAAGCUCAAGGAUAUAGAAAAAGCCGACCAGCCAGAUAACUUCUCCUUUAAAGAUCAAGAAAGCAAAGCAUCAGAAGGCAUGAUUGCAUUUCCUAUGGAUGGACCUGGUGGCCACUGUGUGGCAAUGCUUUCCCUGUUCUCCCUGGGACUUGUAUCUGUGAACGUGAGAAUCCCAGAGCAGAUAGUUGUGGUGGACAGCACUAUGGUGGAAAACGAAGUGAUAAAAAGUUUGGGAAAAGACGGACUUGAGGAGGAGGAAGAGGAGGAGGAUGACUUAGAUGACAGCUCUGGAGGCAAACGGAGAAUAGAAGUAAAAGCUCGUCAAGCAUCUCAUACCAAUUACUUACUGAUGAGAGGCUACUAUGCCCCUGGAAUUGUCAGCACACGCAAUCUGAGCCCCAGUGACAAUAUCGUGGUCAAUUCCUGCCAGGUGAAGGUUAAGCUGCGCUGUACACCACUUCCAGGAAGACUCAGCUCUCCAGUUUCUUCUCCGCUCGAUAACAUGGCUCUGGGAGUCUCCUCCCUUCCCAAAACUUUUACCAGGCUGAUAAAAAUCCAAGAAGAAAAUUAUAACGUUGAUCAGUUUCUUCGUGAGUGUACAGAAAGCUAUGGCUACAAUCCCAGAGACGUAGCUGCUGUUUUGGAGAUCCGUAGUGCGAUAGAGGCUGCCUCCCACUUCGGGGUUUGCAAAGCUGAGCUGGGCAAACAGUUCUGCAGCUACGAAGAGGUGGAACCUGCACGCACCAGGAACUUGCAGCAGUACAUUCAGGACCUGAUUGAAAUGGAGCAGGUUUUAGAAGUAGGAGGCAAUAGUGUAAGACUGGUUGCAAUCGUGUUUGCCAGGCCGUGGCUAUUGCAUUCAGUGUGUCCAGUGAAUAAACCAGAUGAUUCUGGUGAGCAGCGUGCAGACACAGCCCUCUCAGAGGUACAACAGGACUGCACGCUGUCAGCACCAGCCAAGGGGCAGGAAUGUUCAGGAGAGGAGGAGCAGCUGGGAGAAGACACAAACCAUCCCAGUGACGGAGAACCCCCAAGGAAGAGAUGCAGGACUCAAAGCGAUGGCCUUCAAGAUGGUGACCAACUCUGCCAGGGUUUGCAGAGCGGUUUGCUAAGUACAAAUGAAAGUAACUUGGAUGCAGAUAUUACCGAUCCUGUUACAGUGAAGGAAUCUUUAAUCCCAGAUGGGGAAACGGGCUCCCUGGGAGAGCAGGCAGAACAUACAGCUGAAGGCCCUGCAUGUAUUUCAGACAUUGUCAGUGUGGACAUGCCCAAGGAUCAAGAGAAGCCUUGUUCUGAGGACAAACAGCUUGAAGAAGGGAAUGAUGAUCUCAGCACUGAGCACAACAAGCACAUCCCUAGCCUUGAACGCUCCGCCACAGAGCAGGAUGACGAUGUUUCCCAUUUGCAGGAGAACCCAGAGGUCUCUAAAGGCAGUUCUGUGCCAGGCGUGUCCCAGGCAGCUGCGGACAGGCCCUGUGAGAAUGUGUGCUUCAUCGGGAGACCGUGGAGGAUUGUGGAUGGGAACCUGAACAAACCCGUGUGCAAGGGGAUGAUGGAAGCCGUGCUGUAUCACAUCAUGACAAAGCCAGGCAUAACGGAGAGCAUGCUGCUGCAGCAUUACACGGGGACACUGCAGCCCGUUGCUGUCCUGGAGAUCCUGCAGGGCCUGGAAGCUCUGGGCUGCAUCAGGAGGUUCCACAUGAAGAAGGCGCCCGCAGCGUCGCUCUUCUCUCGGCCGCUUAUAGAAGAGCAGCUGGACAAUCCCCAGCUGAGCCACAGCUCCGCAGCGUUCUAUGAGCCCACCAUAGACUGCACCCUGCGCCUGGGGAGGGUGUUCCCCAGUGAAGUGAACUGGAACAAAUGGGUGCAGGUCAUCCACGUCUAGGAGAUGUAAACCUGAAUCUCGUCACGUGGGUUUCCCCCUUGAACGUUAACGUGGAUUAAAUGCUAUAAUUCAUCGCUCCA